AUGAAUUCAACAUAUCAACCAUCUCCACUUAUUCUUGAUCCAUUUAUUCUUCAUUUUCUUUCAUCAACAAUUGAACCACCACCACCACUUCCAUUAUCAAUUUUCUUUUAUGAUCCAUUUCUUGUUGUACCUCCACCACCAAUAACAAGUCCAACAACAUCUGAUAUAACGACUUCACCACCACCUUCACAAAAUUUAAUAACAAAAUCAAACAUUUCUGCUCGUCAUCGUUAUACACCAUUACAAUUAUUUACACUUCAUCGUAUUUUUAUUCAAUUACCAUAUCCAUCAUUAGAACAACGUCGUCUUAUUGCAGAACAUCUUAAUCUUGAUAAUGAACAAGUUCGUAUUUGGUUUUCUAAUCGUCGAUCAAGACAACGUGGAUCUAGUUAUCAAACAAGCCUUAUUCAACCAACAUCAAAUGAAUGCUUAAAUAUAAAACCAUUAUUCGAUCAAUUAAAUCUUUGUAUUUGA